AGCAUACGUCAUAUCCAACGGCCCGAUAACAUGUCCUCCGGGUUAAAGAAAGAGCUAGCAAGGAAGCGAACUGUUUAAUAUUACUCGCGAAGUUCAAAGGCGGGCAUGUCGCCACGGUCCGAAGUCCAGGCCGCUCAGUUCAACAGCCUCGGCCGCCGCUGAAGUAGACAUUUAGUAGAAAUCACGAUUCCUUACGGAAGGAAUGAGCGAUACGUGCCGCGGAAGUGGAAACAACAACAACAACAGCAGCUCGCGCGGCUAGCCCGUCGUUAGCACGGGAGAGUUCCUUUUGUUUUGUUCCUUCCCGGUGGGAGAUGAAGAGACGUUGAACACAUUUUGAACCCGGAUGUGGGAGCUUUAGAAUCACGCACAUGGUAUAUUUAGCAACGUGUAGUUGAACUGCGAGUUCAUGGUAACAAACGAUAACUACCAGGAGCCACCGGGAGCGACUCGAGCAAAGGGAGAUCUGAUUUAUUUUUUUUAUUUUUUUUAUUAACGUCGGGGCGGGGGCGGGGGGGACACGGAGCGACAUGGGCAACUGUCUCAAGUCUCCGACAUCAGACGACAUCUCGCUGCUUCACGAGUCCCAGUCGGACAGGGCGAGUUUCGGGGACGGGACAGACCUCGACCUGGAGCCUCCUCCUCCGUACCAGGAGCAGGCUCACAUGCCCAUGUACCACCCCACGCCCAGCCAGGCCCGCCUGGCCACCCAGCUGACGGAGGAGGAGCAGAUCCGCAUCGCUCAGCGCAUCGGCCUCAUCCAUCACCUCCCGAGGGGGGUUUAUGAUGGAGGGAAGGACGGCUCGGAGAAAAAGAUCAGAGAAUGCGUGAUCUGUAUGCUGGAUUUUGUUUAUGGGGACCCCAUCCGAUUCCUGCCGUGUAUGCACAUCUACCACAUGGACUGUAUAGACGACUGGCUGAUGAGAUCCUUCACCUGCCCCUCCUGCAUGGAGCCCGUGGAUGCCGCCCUGCUCUCCACCUACGACGAAACCAACUGAUGUGUCACCGCUCCUCCCUAAAGCUUUGAUCAAACACACACGCCCACAAACCCAACAAUUGCCCUCUGAUAGAGUGAGAGGAGCUAAACAAAAUAAUAAUAAUGUUGACUUUUCUUGCACUUUGAAAAAUUCUAAAUUCACCACCCAAAUGUUGGCCCUCCACGCCCCCUGGUCCAAAUAAUGAGCUGGUCUUAAACAUCAGUUGCACAAACUGAUUCCAGGCGACCCUGCAUGAUUGCGUGUGUGCGUGUGUGUGUGUGUGUGUGUGUGUGUGUGUGUGAGCAAGCUGUUGGAUGACUGUGCAUUUCCACUUGAGCCGGUCUCAGUGGUGUUCCCACCCCCUCACCUUAACUGACCCCAGUUCACCUUCAUUCCCAGUUAGUCAUCAUAAAAAUGGAUAAUAAUGUCAACGGGCGCUACGAGUUGUUGCUAGAAAUCUGUUGGCUUCGAUUUGACGUUUUCUGAGGCGACCGUAAGACUUCCUCGACGUAGUGAUCUCCUACACCCUUUGGAGGUAUGGGAUAAACACACCGCUUCAAUUGGUGUUAAAUUGUAAAAAAAGAAAUCCAUCUCCAGUUGGUCAGGAUUACUAAAAAAAAAUGAAAUCCCCCAAAGUAUGUCAAAGCGACGAGAUGUCCGGCUGCUCCACACGGCCAGACUUUAAAGAAAAUGCUUUUGAGUCGAAGGGAAUAAUAUGAUGUCUGAUGGGAAUGUUUAAAAGUAGCUGGCAGCCAAAGUAAAGGGCUCAUUGGUGCAUGGGCAGAUGGAUCGGUCGGUCAGUCAGAAUUUAGAAACGCUUGCACACACUUUUCAUCUGAUCCAGAGAUUUGCACUUUACUUAUAGGACAGUAUCUAAACAAUAUAUUAAUAUAUAUAUGUACCUUAUAACCUUGCACUAUCAAUACUUCAUUCCUUUUUAUUUCCCGAGAUGCACAAGUUGUAUAACUGAAAAGGCAUUUUUUUUCAAAGCGGACAGUAGUCACUUGUCACCAUUGAGGUUAGCCUGAAGAUGUAUUCAAUGAAAUCUGUGUUUCAGUAGUAUGAGCCUCCGCUUCGUCCCGCUUGGCUUUUCAUUGUGUGUGUGUGUGUGUGUGUGAGUAACGGGACAGAGGCUUGCUACAUCCAGUUUAAAGGAGAAGUCCAACAUUUUGACACGAGAAGAAAAACUCAAUUCUGAUUCUGUGCGCUACGUUUCUCCUGAAGCCAGGGGGUGCUUAGCUUAGCAUAAGGCCUAAGCUGGGGUCAAGGGGCGUGGCUCCGAAGCUCAAACGUGCACCCAGCGACACCUCUGAAGCUCAGUAGCUGCUUAUGCCGGAGAUAUACUUGCUCUUAACUUGGUGUACUUAGCAUAAAGCUGCCUUGUUUAUGCUGCACGUUUGGUGCAUUGGUUUUUCUUCGGCAAGUAUAUCUCCGGUAACUGGGAGUAAAGUGUUGAUCAUGGAGAAAAAAAACACGAUGUUUACACGAUAAUGUGUUAAUAAAUAACUAAAAUGUAAUGGGAGUCCAUUUGUUUUACUUUGGAGGGCUAUGCUAGCUGUUUCCCCCUGCGUCCAGUCUUUAUGCUAAGCUAAUAGCCUCCCUCUAUCUUCAUACUCGGCGCACAGACGUGAGUUAUCAAUCUGCUCACGAGCAUCGUUCAACAUGUUGAACUCUUUAAGGAAUAAACGAGGCUAAAUCUGAGGCGAACUUGAAUCCGCAGUAGAAAGUAAUUUUCUUUAUUUGACAAAUGUUUUGGUUUUAUUGCACUAUAACUAGUGUUUCUUUCAUUCCGUUCCCUGUAGCCGUAGUUACGGUCACUUCCUUUUUGGUUUGUGACCGUUUGGUGGAAGUGUGGCGGUUUCUUUCUCUGUUACCUGUGUUUUGUUACCUGUGUUUUGUUACAUGUAAAUGUCACUUUGCAUUGAGGACAGUGGGGAUAAAGCUUUUACACUGGUUUACGUCUGACUGUGCAAACCUCUGUCCCAAAUGAACUUCAGAGUGUGAGCGACUUCUUCUUUUAUCGUGCAGAGAUUUCAAGACUUUCAUAAGGCUUUUCCUUUGCUGUGUUUUUCAUCUUAAGUUUAUUCCGAAAAUUAAUAUGUCCUGUAAUCUUGUUUUUAUUUCUUUGUUUUUGGAAGGCUUGAAAGCCAUCAUGUAAAGAGAAAUAAAGAUGAAAAAAAAGUUC